AUGCGGGACAUCCGAUACAAGUGGAACGAGGGGCCCAACUCAGUGGGCGUGUCGAGCGAAGUGUCCUUGCCGCAAUUCAAGGUGCUGGGCCAUCGGCAGCGAGCCAUGGAGAUUUCUCUUACGACAGGAAACUACUCACGACUGGCAUGCGAAAUCCAAUUUGUCCGAUCAAUGGGAUACUACUUAAUCCAGAUAUACAUUCCAUCUGGCCUAAUUGUAAUUAUAUCUUGGGUAUCAUUCUGGUUGAACCGAAAUGCGACACCUGCUAGGGUAUCACUAGGUGUCACCACUGUGCUCACGAUGACUACGCUCAUGUCAUCCACGAACGCGGCUCUGCCCAAGAUCUCAUAUGUCAAGUCUAUCGAUGUCUACUUGGGAACUUGCUUCGUCAUGGUCUUCGCCAGUCUUCUAGAAUAUGCUACUGUCGGCUAUAUGGCUAAAAGGAUACAGAUGAGGAAACAAAGAUUCACCGCUGUUCAGAAAAUGGCUGCUGAGAAGAAAAUGCAAAUAGAUGGACCACCAGGUACAUCGGAGCCUUUACCACCACCAAGGACAAGCACGCUAACCAGGCCACCACCACCGAGUAGAUCUUCAGAGGUCCGAUUCAAAGUUCAUGACCCGAAAGCGUAUUCCAAGGGCGGCACCUUAGAAAAUACUAUCAAUGGAUCUCGAGGCCCUGCUCCUGCACCGGUACCUGCAGCCCCGCAGCCUGACGAAGAAGCUGGACCACCUCCGCACCUCAUUCAUGCGUCAAAGGGUAUCAACAAACUGCUCGGAACGACACCUUCGGACAUCGACAAGUACUCUCGCAUCGUGUUCCCCGUAUGCUUCGUUUGCUUUAACCUAAUGUACUGGAUCAUAUACCUCCAUGUCUCCGACGUUGUGGCCGACGACUUGGUGUUACUAGGCGAAGAAAACUAA